AAGCUGCAUUCAAGACCGCGCCACAGCGGAGCUCUUGUACGACACAGCUAACUUACUAUUAUAAAACUAAGAAUUCAAACUGCAGCUCAAACAUAAACUUAAAAUAUGCUCGGCACUCUUGAAUCAAUCUAAAUACCGGUUUAACUUGUCGGAAAUGCUCCGUUGUGCUGCCCCCCCCCUCCUCUGCGCAGUACGUGGGACGUUCACGAGCGCGCAGCCUCGGAAGUUUCAGUAGGCAAAAAGGCUGCGCGAGCCGCUAAUGCUACUUCCUGAUUUGGCAGCAACAGAUGAAAAGGGCUGUUUCUGGGGGGCAGGAGCUGACAAACCUCGAAGCGUAUCGUUUUGCUCCGAUAACCACAAGAAAAGCUUCGGGGUUUAACUCCAGCGUCGGUUCGCGUUGAGGAGUGUCGCUGCGAUGGUGGAGACUCCAGUCGGCUGCCUGUUUGAAGACAUCCAGUAUGAGGACAUUCAAGUUGAAGCGGCUGUUGGCAGAGGGACAUUUGGAGUUGUCUUUAAGGCCGUGUGGAAAGGAAAGGACGUAGCAAUCAAGACCAUUGAGAGUGAGAAUGAAAGGAACGCUUUCCUUGUUGAGCUUCGCCAGCUCUCCAGGGUCAAUCACCCCAACAUUGUUAAGCUGUAUGGCUCCUGUGACAAUCCAGUCUGUCUGGUCAUGGAGUAUGCAGAAUGUGGAUCUUUAUAUAACCUGUUGCACAGUGCAGACCCGCAGCCCCACUACACAGCAUCCCAUGCCAUGAGCUGGUGUCUGCAGUGCGCACAGGGAGUAGCCUAUCUGCACUCUAUGAAGCCAAAGGCCUUAAUUCACCGGGACCUUAAACCACCAAAUCUCCUGCUCGUGGCUCGUGGUACCGUGCUGAAGAUAUGUGACUUUGGAACAGCUUGUGAUAUUCAGACCUACAUGACCAACAAUAAAGGCAGUGCCGCCUGGAUGGCACCAGAGGUGUUUGAAGGCAGCAACUACAGUGAAAAGUGCGACGUGUUCAGUUGGGGUAUCAUCCUGUGGGAGGUCAUCACACGCAAGAAACCCUUUGAUGAGAUUGGAGGCUCUGCGUUUUGUAUAAUGUGGGCCGUCCACAGAGGUACAAGGCCUCCUCUCAUCAAAGACCUUCCAGAGCCCAUAGAGACUCUGAUGACCCGCUGCUGGGACAAAGAACCCAGCCAGAGACCGUCAAUGGAGGAAGUCAAGAACACCAUGAGCAAUCUCAUGAAGUACUUUCCAGGCUCUGAUGAACCACUCAAGCUCCCUCACCAGUCUUCAGCCACAAGCACAGGCUCGUAUGCUGACUAUACCAUCAACAGUAACAAAAGUGACGACAACGCAGAGCUCAGAAACUCAGUGGGCAGAGAAGAAACCCUUAAAAGCUUUGAGGCCAAAUUUCCACUACAGUUCAAACCCUCAAAGACAGCCACAUUGCGUACUGGUCUGUCCAGGGUUUCCAGUGUAGACAGUCAACCAGGACGCUCCCAAAGCCCCACCCACUGCACCAGUCCUAUAACCACCACCGGUCAGUCAGAGCUGAGGAUGACGAUUAGUCCCACAGCUACCAAUGGUUUAGACAGCUCCAUUCCCAUGGCCUACCUGAAACUGGAUCACAAGUUACAGCCUCUGGCUCCGUGUCCAAACUCCAAAGAGUCCAUGGCCGUGUUUGAGCAGCACAUCAGGAUGGCUCAGGAGUAUCUCAAAGUCCAGUCAGAGAUCGCUCACCUUGUUCUGAGGAAGCAGGAGCUGAUGUCUGAGCUGGAGCAGGACCAGAGGGAGCAGCAGACGUCAUCCAGACUCAUCCAGGAGCAUGGCAAGCUGCUGGAGGACAACAGCAACCUGUCGGCACACUGCCAGGGCCUGAAGAGCAAACUGAGCCUGAUCAAGAGCCAGAACCAGCACCACAGCUAGGACAGGGGGCUGGGCCACAGCGCGCAGUCCACCUCUUUUUACUCUGUUCUCUCCUGGACUGCCUUUUCCUCUGAAGGAUAAGAGGAAUCACUCUAUGAACUGACUUUAAAGUAGGGAAGCCUGUUAUCCUGAGAAAAUAUAUUUAACUCACUACAAAACAAUGUAUCAAGAUAAUGUUAGAAUUCAGUUUGGGAUUGCAGGCUAUAAGUCCACCUGAAAUAUAAACUAUAAUGAUAAGGCAGCUAUCAAAAAUGUUUUUGGACACAUUUUUGUGGAAAGCAUAAAGGCAUGACAUUGGUUGUGUGACAAGUGAGAGCUGGUGCUAAAGGUAACUUGUUGAAGAAAAAUUCUGGUAUUUUUCAACCUGGGUCUUAUUCUCAGAAUUGACCUUCAUUUUUUUAAAAGUCCCUUUUGUGCUCCAACAACAGUUGAGCAAGCCUCAGUCAGAACCUCAGUCAGCUUUCUCUUUUCCUGUACUCAGAUAUGCUAUGUGCUAGGCUAAUCUAUAUUGAAAGACAACUGCAUUUUUGAAGACUGUUAAAAGAUGAAACUGACAUUCAUAUAGUCACAUCUUAAGUUAGCUGAUGUUAGCAAAACGCAAUGAUCGUUAGUUAGCUAGUUAGCUAGUGUUUUGCUAACAUGAACAUUUAUCUUUUAAUCAUCUUCAAAAUGUGGUUGUCUUUUCAAGACUAGACUAGCAUAUUAAUCGAAGUACGGGAAAGGACAAAGUUGGCCGAGGUUCUGACUGAUGCUUGCUCAACUGUUAUUGGAGCUCAAAGCAGAAAGGGGCGGGACUUAGGAAGGGUCAAUUGUGUGCAGAUUUGGAAAGCAAAAGGCGAAAAACCUAGGAAGUCAUUUGAAUCUUUACAAAUAAGCUUUAAUUUUACAUACAUCAUUGCAAAUGCUUGUCCUCCCUAGUGAAGCUAGUGUAGCUUACUGCAUAGUGACCUACGUCCAGUGCAACUUUCCAGCUAAUCAAAGCAGCGAGCACAGUUUCUCCCAAUAUACAGUGCAUUGUUUUGCUUCAGUUGCAUUUCCUGAAGAUGAUGAAUGCAGAGUUAGCAUGACCUAUAAGUCAGGAAGGCCACAAUUAUGAGAAUAAGAACCAGGAAGAAAAAUCUCAAAGUUGAAGCUAGUUAGCGCCAUGUGCUUCCGUUAGCCUGUCUUUAAUGGGUCUACAUCGCGGUGAUAACGAUCAAAAUUCACAGCAACAGGUCGACCUGUGAGCUCAGUACUCACAACAGGACUGUGUGGUUUGAAUCACAGAGUGAGGUACGGAGUGCUGAGGGGCUAACAGAUUACAAACUCACAGUUUAGACUGUUGGAAUUCAACUCUAAGCAAAUAAAUGACAGUAAACACAUUUUUAAUUCGUUUUAAAUUCAUUCCUACAGAACACCACAGUAGGUGUUGUCACUACAGGAAAUUCCAAUUUUGACCAUUAAUGUACAAAACAGAUUUCCUGGCAGAACUGAAUUUCAGUUUGACUUUAGAUAAAAGUGAGCAUGUUAUCGCACAGUGUUUCAGUUGUGACAGAUAAUGAGCCGAAGACAAUAGUAGCUACCACUUCUUUGGGCCUCAGUACAUUUGAUUGUGAGGCUGAGCAUAAAAGUCCAUGUUGAUUUCAGUCUGUCACAGUAGUGUUGGUAUGGUGGGACCAAAGAAACUAAGUUGGGCUUUGAUUCAGGAAAACCCUGAAGCUUCAGGUGUCACUUCAGUGUGGGAUUACAUAACUCAGCUUUUUCGCCAGUGAGUUCUAUUUUCUUUUCUGAACGGUUUUAAAGUAACUACAGUUGGGAUUUGUAAAUUCCUCCUUUUACACAUUCAGUUUAUCACACCCAUUUUAUUGUGUUUUAUAAAAAGAGGGACGGCACUGACAGUGUGGGCGGUUUCAUUUUAAAGCAAUUGUACUGUGAAUACAAGACAUGCCAAAGGAAUUCUGCCUCGGAGGACAAGAGAAGCUUUGUUGAAAGGCUAUUAAAGAUGGAACUAACUGUAGAAUUUUCAGUUUGUUUUCAGUUUCAUUUCUAGUUUCUUUUUACACACAGGUAUAUUUCACAGAAUUAUAUGAACUGUUAUUCUGCACUGCACUUAUUGGGGUCAAAGAAAUGUCACGCAUGUGUUAGUCAGCGGGGCACUGUGGGAUGAGUUGUUGUUUAAAUGCAUUUGUUCAGACGUUGCCUUAGGAUUGUUCUUGUACAGUUUUUCUCCUCUGGGUUUAUUUUAUGAACGCUUUUGAUUGAAGCCUAAUAGAAUUCCUGAAACAUUUCUCUGUAAUUUUAAAAUGUACAGACUGCAAUUAUAUGCUUUUAGAAAGUUAAA